AUGUAAUAAUAAAAAGAAUAUAUUCCAAUAGUUUUGAUUGACGAUAAGAUUAAAUAAUAGAGAAUUGAAACAGAAUUUACAGAAGAAAAGUAUUAACAUAUUUAAAUAUUUUACUAUCUAGACUACCAUUAAUUGAAUCUGUGAUUAAAACUAACAAAACCAGCACUCAUUUGUUAAAUUCCAGAACAUCCUCUAUUAAAUAUAUUAUUCCUACUGGUAUCAAACCUAUAGUUUUCCCAAACAUUCUUUAAAAAACAAAAGAAGAUAUGAUUAAAUUGAGAAAAUAUCAAUUAGCUUAAUUGCACUUUGAUGGUGAUUAACAUCAAAAUACAAAAAAUUUGAAAACAGAAAACAGACCAAAGAAAACAGAAAGAGAUAAAUCAAGUCAAAAAAUGUAUACUUAAGUUACAAAAAAUUCAUACAACAAACCUAUUAUAACUGAACUCACAACUCUUGCUAGAGAUAAUUAUAGUGCUUCACCAAGAUCAGACUCUUUCAAAUUUAGGAGUUUAAGUCCAGAAAUUGAAAGUUAAUUAUGGUAAGUCAAUAACAAAGUAAAUCGAAUUAAUAAGGCAUAUGAAAUACAAAAAGAAAUUCAUCAUUUAGAAAGAUUUAAGACUUAAUGGAAAACUGAUGUAAUUUAAUAAAAUUUAUCAUAAAAAAUUGUAUAAGUAGGUUUAAAUACAAAAAAAGGUCUAAGACCUAUUUUCAUUUUAAUUUAUUUACCACAUUAGAAUAUUCAUUUAAGAAGUUCUUAAACUGAAGUUAAAUCAAUGUAAAUAUUAUUAUUAUAUAUAAAUAUUUAGAACAAAUGAAGUUGAAUUAAGUGUAUUUCCUUAUUUCGUACCAGUUUAUGAGAAAAUUAUUAAUGAAAAAGAAAUUUCAGAAAAUUAUAAAGAAUGGUUUUCAUAUUUUCUUGAUAUUUUACACUAUAGAAGUUACAUUCCCUAAGCAAAGACAUUUACAUUAGAUAGUAUUGAAAUUUCAGCUUUAAAUUAACUUCCACUAUAUGAAAAGUUUUUAUAUAUCCAAUUAUAAGUAAUGAUUUAAAUAUAUAAAGUAGGGUUAAUUUGAUUUUUGGAGUAUUAUGAAAUAAAAAUUAAAUCUUUCAGGUGAAUUUUAAGUUGAUAAAUAUCCAAAAUUAGCAACUAAGUUAUUAGAUCUUAGAAGUAAAGAUGAAGUUAGCAGAUUUUUUUGUAAAAGAGAAAAUUUAUUACCAUUUUAUUUUCGAUAAGUUUAGAUGGGAAGUUAAACUUCUAUUCCUUCUUAAUAUUAUAUUGAAAUAGAAAAUAAUAUUAGAGAACCUGAUGAUGAGAUGUUUGAAUAAUCAAUUAUUUAAAUGAAUGAAAAGGAAUAAGAUACUUAUUUAAAAUUAUUGUAAUAAUAUAUUCAUUCAAAUAAAUCAAAAUAUUCAAAAAAAUUAAAGAAUUUAGAAGAGAAUAUGAGAUUAAGAUUAAAAAAAAUAAAAGCAAUGAGGAGAUAGUCUAUUUAAGUCAGAUUGAAAACAGUAAUUUAUAAUAUUAAUUAUAGAAACAUUUUCUUAGACCAGAAGAAGAAGAACAUUUUGAGAGAAGAUUAUUAUAUGAGGAUGAAAAAUCAAUUGAAGAAAUAUAAGAGGAUGCUUAUGAUCAUAUUUUACCUUAAAAUACACAUAUUUUUAAAAAGAAAUCUAAAUAGAUUACAUCAGUUGAAGAUCCUUUUUAAUCUUUUAGUGCAAAAGACAAUUAAAAAUUUAAGGAAAUUCUAUAAUUAAUUAAUGUUGAGAAAAUAGUUUUAGAAAAGAAUUUAUCAAGAUAGGAUGUUUAUCAUUAUUUAUCACUUUUUAAAGCUUUGAUGGAUUCAGAUACUCCUUAAAGAAUUAAAGAUGUUAAUUAUCCUACUCUAUUUAUUUCACUUGAUUAAUUACGUAGAGGUGUUCCAUUUAUUGCUUUAUAUAAAAAUAAGGUUAAUACUAAGAAACUUGCAGAAGUAUAUAGUAGAAAAUAUAAUUAUUGUGAAUUUAUGGAAUUUUUGGAUAUCUUUACUACAGAUUAUAAAGUAACAGAGUAGGAAUUAUAAGAAGUGGAAUAAGAAAUUAUAUAUUCAUAAUAGAAGCCAAAUCAAGGAACAUCUUCUGUUUUAUAGAAAUAGGCAUCUGUAAUUUUGGGAACAGAGAAUCAAAAAAAAUGA